CUGGGAACUGUAGUGUUCGUGAGACAGCUCUGGUGCCACAAUAAACUACAGUUCCCAGGAUUCCCCAGCACUGAUCCAGGGCGGUUAAUAAAGAGGUCUGUGUUUCGACAUGGAAGAACGAGGCGGAGAGCGAGGGUCUUGGGGUGAAAAUAUAUUGGAUUAUUUUCUAACCACCAAGCAAAUUAAAACAAGAGAUGGGGCUGAAAUCAUCUGGUAUCACAGAGCAAACAGUAAGUUACAAAUGACAGAAGCAAUAGAAAGUACUGCCCACAUGAUAGAAGCAGAUGUCCUUCUUUGUGAGGGGGACGGAGAACCAAUUAUGGCUCAUCCACCAGAAACAAGUAGUGAUAACACACUAAAGGAAUGGCUAAAUGAAAUUAAAACCACUGACAAAGGCAUCAAGCUUGAUUUUAAAAGCCUAGAGGCUGUGAAUCCAUCACUGCGGCUUCUUGGAGACAUGAAACUCAGACAGCCUGUUUGGAUCAAUGCAGACAUUAUCCCUGGACCAAAUGGAAGUAACCAAGUGGUAGAUGCAAAGAGAUUUCUAGACACAGUGACGUCAUUUUUUCCAGAUGUAACAUUAUCAUUAGGAUGGACAACUGGAUGGUUAGGUCUAAAAUGUAAUCAAGGCUAUAGUUCAGCAAUGGUGCAGGAGAUGGCAGCAAUAUGUACAGAUCUUACUCAGCCAAUAACAUUUCCUGUAAGAGCGGCUUUAGUACGCCAGUCCAUAUCUGAAUUGCAGUGGUUAUUACAGCAAUCAAAUAGAUAUACCCUGACCAUUUGGACAGGAAAACAUGAUGACUAUUCUGUAGAAGAUUUACUCGUCAUCAGAGAUAGUUUUGAUAAAUGUAGAGUUUUUUAUGAUAUCUCAGAACCACAAGAUUCUGCAUUCAGAAAGGCCAUUGGAAUGUAAAUUAUAGCAUAGUCAUAUCUUUGCUGGUAGAAAGUACUUUGGCUUGGAUUCAAAAGCUAGACUCCUGUUGCAUUAAACCAGUUUGGGCAUUGGUGGUAGGAAAGACUAGAACCACAGCAGGCAUGAAAGAUGGCAGGCAUUGGAGAAAUCAGUUGUCAUCUCCCUUCCCUUGCCAUUGCUGCAUGACCCUAGCAAAGUGCAAUUGCUAGCAUAAUGCACCAAAUUCUCACAUAGCUGUCCUUCUUUGAACAAUUCAUUUUAAUAGAAUCAGCCUUUUAUUGCUUCCCCUGCCUUCUGCGGUCUCAAGCCUUUCCAAAUUCCCUUCGCUACCUAACUGUCAUCUUUCGGCCUCUGAGGGAGAGAGUAGGCUGGCACAGUUCCAUCAGGGGCCGGCCUGAAGAAAGAGGCUCCUCCCUCCCUA